GUUAGGGACCCCCAUCAUGCUGUUCUGAAAAUGUUCUUUCUCUCUGAAAUACUGCACUCUGUGUGAACUCCUCAUCCACAGCCACAAUCCAGGACCACUUCUGGUCAACAUUGGCUUCCUGAAAUCAAAGCCUAGCAAUCCGGCUUUCAGGUGCAAAGGCAGCAAGAAUCACCGGAGGAGAACAUGUGAAAAUCCUAUUGCAAACAAACUGCUGCAAUGUUGUAUUGCUGCAAAUAGUUCCCAGAAAAAAAAAAAAAGCCGCUGUAGCCGGGAGAGAAAUGAUAGCUUUUUAGUUUAGAUUUCCAGAUACGCUUCUCUGAGUUUCCCUGCGGGCCUUUCACACUUAGUCCCUUUAGCGCUCCGUUUUAUCCUCCACAGGGCCGAAGAGAAAGCUUUUCUCCCCAAAGAGGAGCUUUUCUUUUCGCAUCCCCAAAUAUGUGCAGAAAUAAUAAAGGGGCCCCAUCCAACCGGAUCCUUACGAAAAAGGGAGGAAAGAAACGCUCCGUAUGGCACGAGCGGACUCCGGACCGCUUUUAGGGCUCCAUACCGGAGCUGAAACCAACAAGUCAUUGAUUACAGGUCGAGGGGGGCGGGGCCGCGGCCACACGCAGCGAGAAAAGAAGCGCUCCUGGGGAGUAGGGGCGGGAGGGAAGGGAACUGGCGGAAAAUGUGACCCUGUUGACCUCAAUCACCCGCUCCUGCCCUCUCUCAUUCCUCACCUGCGCGAGGAGUAGGGCAGAAAACCCCGGGGCAACCAUGGCCCCCACUGGCAGCCUCCAGGUCGCUAUCAGUCACCAGAUAGUGGCCCUGCAGACCCUGCGGCUCUUGCAGCAGCAGAGGGACGAGGAGGACGACCUGCUUUACUCCCAGCAAGUGUCCGCAGCCCCGGGGCAGCCAGGCCCCAGAGAGAACGGAGAAAAGGGCGGGGGCCCGGCCGUGGCGAAGGCGGAAGGUGCGGGGGAUUGCGGUCAGUGUUCGCUGGGCCGCGUCGUCGAGUCCACUUCUCAGCUUAUCCGGGUGGAGCAGACCAUCCUAAAACCCUUGCAUCAGGAACUGGGCUUCCCCAUCUACUUGAAAGAUAGUGUUGAGUUUAGAAACAUUUGCAGUCACAUGGCCCUACAGCCAGAGGGACACAGCUUUGACCAAGAUUUGAACGCAGCCUUCCAAUGCCUGAAGACCAUCAUCAAGAAGCUGAUCCAUUCAUUACUGAGCCUCCCCCCGGACCCCAGUGCCAUGGCCAACAUUGCUCUGAGGCAGAUUCUCCGCAAUCUUCUGGAUCGCAAGCCAUAACCCUCCCUGACUGUCCAGCCUUAAGCUUUAACCAAGUAGAUAUUGUAUGUAAGUCUUGAUAACAAACUGAACCCGGAGCAUCCUUACAUCUGGGAGAAUUGAGGGCUGUCAUCCAGAUCUCUCAUAAUUCUAUCCCCAUUUACAACAAUCAGUAGCAGGUAGUUAGGAUUUUCGGGGAUUUUGCCAUUUUUCUGGCUUGUUAUGAAUAGGAAUAUAGUCUACUUUGGAUAUAUGAUUGGAUAAGUGCAUUAAGUUCUACAUCAGAUAUUCUUUUUGACCUGUUACAUAUUUUUUCCAUUAGAGGUCUUCUUGUUUAAUUAGGGCUAUUUUGUGUCUAAAGUUUUAUUAUUAAUAAAAAUCUGAGCCAUAAAUGUGAUAUUUAUAAUCAAUAUAUGUUUUCUGUUGCUGUGUAUAAAAGAGAGAGUGUCAAUUUAUUUCAUUUCCUAGUAAAGGAAUAAUCUUUAGAAAUUUGAAGACUUUGUGUUAAUACUUCUGAUUCUUGUUCCUGGUUUAGCGUCUUUACUGUUUGACAAUUACUAAAUAGCUUACAAGUUUUUUUGCUUUAAGUACCUUGGUUGGAAAUUGGAAAUGAUAAUAAUCCCAUUUAAGGUACUUGGAAUAAAAGAUGCUAAAUAAAAUAUAAGUAUUGUGUCAUUAUGGCCUGAGAUGAAAAUUUCCAGCUUUCUUUUAAAAUUGUUUUUAUACAUCCCAGUUAAAAGUAGGAAAUUUUGUGAUAAAAGAGGGAGAAGUGGAUGUAGAGGCCAGCCUCCCGCAAACAUUUCCAACUGACAAGAGAGGAAAAGUGUCUUUUGGAUUUUUAGUAGCUCACAUAGGCACAUAGCUAGUUUUUCCCUAGGUUUCCAGCAUUUUCAUGCAGACUGUGCCUAGAACAGAGGUCAGUUAAACUUCUGACAUUCCUAUACCACUUAAUAGAAACAGUAUAAGAUUUAUGAGACAGGAAUAAAAUUUAUGAGUGUAACAUUUCCUAAAAAAUUGGGAAAUUGUAUUUGGAGGGUUGGGAGUGGGGAAAAUGCUGCACAUUCUCAUUAAUA